GCCUCGCCUCGCCCCCCAGCUCAGCCCGAGCCUCUGCAGGUGCCCCCGCCUGCGCCCGCGGGAUGUGCUCGCGGCCGGAGCCCCCAGCGCCCCUGGGCCGCGUGGCCGUGGUCGGGGGCACCCACGGCAACGAGAUGUCGGGCGUCUGCCUGGCGCAGCACUGGCUGCGGGCCCGGGAGCUGCGCAGGCCCAGCUUCGCCGCGGUGCCCGUGCUGGCCAACCGCGACCUCAACCGCACCUUCACCGGCGCCUGCCUCACGGCCAGGGCCCGCCCGGAUGACCCAUACGAGGUGACGAGGGCCCGAGAGCUGGACCAGCUGCUGGGGCCCAAGGCCUCGGGCCAGGCCUUCGACUUCGCCCUGGACCUGCACAACACCACGGCCAACGUGGGCACCUGCCUCAUCGCCGAAUCCGCCCGCUGCGCCUUUACCAUGCACCUGUGCCGCCACCUGCAGCUGCAGAGCCCGGAGCCGCCCUGCCGGGUCCUCCUGUGCCCGCUGCCGGGGGAGGAGAGCUCCAGCCUCAUCUCCGUGGCCAGGAGCGGACUGGGCCUGGAGCUGGGCCCCCAGCCUCAGGGGGUGCUGCGGGCUGACCUUCUGCUCAGGAUGAGGGCGCUGGUGGCCGCGGCCCUGGACUUCAUCCAGCUCUUCAACCAGGGCGCCGCCUUCCCUGCCUUCGAGAUGGAAGCGUACAGAGCAGUGGGCGGCGUGGACUUCCCGCGCACGGAGGCCGGGGAGCUGGCAGGCACGGUGCACCCUCAGCUGCAGGACCGGGACUUCGAGCCGCUGCGGCCGGGAGCGCCCAUCUUCCAGACGUUCGUUGGCGAGGACGUGCUGUACGAGGGGCAGGCCGCCCUGUACCCCGUGUUCGUCAACGAGGCCGCCUACUACGAGAAGGGCAUCGCCUUCCUCCUGACCGAGAAGCUCACGCUGUCUGUGCCCGCCCUGCCCGCGCCGGCCCCAGCCCCCUAACCCCGGCCACCCCGCCCAGCCCCAGGCCUCCUGCCUGAGGCGUGAUUCCCACUCAGAGGCUCCCUUGCCAC